UUGCUCAGGAGCCCCGGGAAACCCCGCGCGCACGGCACGCAUCCAACCAUGCACGGGCUCAUGAAUCCGACUCGAAUUUGAGUGCUACGCUAACCCUAUAACUUCAAUUGAUGCACGCCACUCCAAAGCUGUUGCGUUCCAAGAAUCAUCCGUCUUCCACCACCGCCGCACCGCCUCGCCGCGCCAAGAAUCCGACAGGGCUUUCCUCGUGGCCAUGGCGGCGGCGGCGACGCGCAAGCGCCCGGCGCCCGACGGCACGCACGCCGCCACUGCGGCCGGCGGCGAGAGCAAGCUGGCGCGGAUCACGCUUGGGAGCAUCUACGACUACGAGAAGCUGGAGGUGCUCGGGGAGGGCAGCUUCGGCGUGGUGGUCAAGGCGCGCCACCGCGCGACGGGCGAGGCGGUGGCCGUCAAGCGGGCUAGGGCCUCCGACCUCCGCGCGGUCCUCCGCGAGGCCGGCUGCCUGGCCGCGUGCCGCGGCCACCCCUCGGUCGUGGGCAUCCGCGACGUCGUCGAGGACGCCACCACCGGGGACGUGUUCCUCGUCAUGGAGUUCGUCGGCGCCAGCCUGCGCCGCCUGCAGCGGGCGGAGGCGCGGCCGCGGCUCCCCGAGGCCGGGACCCGCGCGCUAAUGCGGCAGCUCCUGCGCGGCGCGGAGCGGAUGCACCGCGCCCGGAUCAUCCACCGGGACAUCAAGCCGGACAACAUCCUCGUGGGCCCCGGCGGCGCGGUCAAGAUCUGCGACCUGGGGCUCGCCACGCCGGCGAGGCCUGAGGGGACGGCGUACCCCGAGCGCCGCGUGGGCACGCUGCUCUACCGCUCGCCGGAGCAGCUGGCGGGCCGCCGGGACUACGGCCCGGGCGUCGACAUCUGGGCGCUAGGGUGCGUCAUGGCCGAGCUCCUCACCGGCCAGUUCAUGUUCGACGAGGACACGGAGGAGAAGAUGAUGGACAAAGUGAUGGACCUGCGGCGCGCGCUCGCCGAGAGGGGGCUGCAGGCGUUCGACGAGUGGCCGACGUUCCAGGGCCUGCCGGAGCUGUCGCCGGGAGCGCGAGAGGUCCUCGCCGGCCUGCUUGCCGUCCAGCCCAGUGACAGGCUCACCGCCACGGCCGCCCUCCAGCAUCCGUGGUUCGCCGAGGAGGAGGAGGAACGUCCUGCCGCCACCUGCUGCGGCGCAGGCAGAGCAGCUCGGAGUAGCACUAGUGCUAGCGUAGUGACCGUCGUGGUCUGAGAGCUCCUGAGGAUUGAAUUGACUGUUGUAAUCCAAUUCGUUUGUUCAUUAUUUUUGUAAUCUUUGGUUAUUACCAGCUGGCAUGAUCCAUGAAGAUGAAGCAAUGCAUAUGUUGAUCCCUUUAUUCCGUUGUUAGCUGUUCAAUAAAACUCUUUUAAUGCUACCA